GUUGCAUGGUACGGCAGGUUUAUUUUACCAACAGAACUAUAUACAUAUCCUUCUCCAAUGUUUCUUCUUUUGUGUUCUCAAUUUUAUAGAUAGAUCCGAGAUUUCAAAGCUAUAGACAUUUCAAAUAGAUUCGUUUAAUACUGAACUGAAAUGUCAGGAGUACAUUACUGAAUCUAAGCUAUUAAUAGUGGUCACAGACAGUAGGCUUUUGACACUAGGCUACAAUGUCACUGCCAGAGAACAUGAAGUUAUGAACGUCACUUAUGAGAAACGUCCAUAUAGACAUUAAAACCUGGGAAACGUCACUGUUGUUGGUAGACCUAAACUUUGGCAUUGUGUGUCACCAUUUUUCAAGACUGCUGAACUUCUGUCACAAUGAGACGACUUUUAUCAAAACUGAUAAACCGAGCGUUGCUGACUGAACCCUUUGGACGAAUGAUGGGCAGUGAAGCAGGAGUCCACACAAAUUCUCGUAUGAGACUGGUUGUGGGACUGGGAAACCCUGGAAUGAAUGGUUCGCGCCAUAGCGUGGGCAUGGCAGUGCUCGAAGCACUUGCUUCCCGGCUUGGGGUAGCUGAUAGCUGGCGUGGUGAUAAGCAUGUGUCCGGUGAGGUCAUCGUAUCUGACAUCCAGGACACCCAAAUCGUGCUUCUCCGACCACGACUACUGAUGAACAUAAACGGUGUAUCCGUGGCCAAAGCAGCGGGUAAAUACAGCAUCAAGCCUGAGCACAUACUACUGGUUCAUGACGAGUUGGAUAAGCCUCUUGGAAAGCUUGCUAUGAAACAAGGAGGGAGUGCCAGGGGUCACAAUGGUGUGCGGUCCUGUGUUGAGUGUCUGCAGACUGAUGUGAUGCUCAGACUGCGUGUUGGGAUUGGCAGACCAUCAGGUAAAACAUCAGUGGACCGCCAUGUUCUGGGCCGCUUCUCUCAGGAGGAGCAGAAGGUUCUGAGGGGGGUUUUAGAAGAGAGUGUGGACAUUCUCCUCUCCCAGCUCACUGACAAGGAGAAUGUGCAGUCCCCACUCUCGCCACCUGGAGGCAGACCAGCAUCACAGACUGGGAAACCAAGGGAGCGUUUAAGCUCUCCAGGAAAGGACACAACCGCUGGCCAGACCUGAGACUGACGAGACGUUGACAAAGCCAGUGAAACUAUGACUGUACUUAAUUUGUUAUGACUUUAUUUAUGCUCUGGUUUAGAGUGUAUGUGAAAUGAAUGCCAAGUAAGCACACUUUGUUUCAAGGACAAAGAAUUUAGAUAUGAAUAAGAUAAUCAUCGCAUAGAGCAUCUAGAUUGGUAUGCAGUAUGCAUUUAUUUGGAAGUUUCCCAAACUACCAGUUGUAUGGCUUUUGGUGGUCUAAUUAUGUGCAAGGUCCAAGGAGAGACCAAUACUUGAUAUUAGAAUGAUUAAACAAAACCAUCAUACCAAUGGCAUUGAGAAGAAA